AUGGGCAGAGAAAAUGAUAAUGUCCUUAGAGGAUUUUCAAUCGUGAUUUUCGUGCUGUUUAUUCUUCCAUCCGUCAGUGCGCAAGAAUGCUCAUCACCCACUUUAACAUUCGGUGGUCAGUUCCCAAUUGGACCGGAAAUAUCAGCCACCGUCGGAAGCGGAUAUACUCUGGCGCAGCAUGACGUGAGCAACAUCCGUUCGGUUUCGGUCAAAGCGACGGCCACCGAUCUGCCAGUGUACAUUGAUGCGCAGAUCACCAACGGCAAGCUGACACUGACGACAAACCAGCAGUUUACGAACUACGAAAAGCUAGACGACAAGCUAGUGUUCUUCAACGUGGUCGUCUUCACCUGCGCAUCCGGCGCUGUUCGUGAGAUGACUUUCCGGCAGUCGAUAAAGGAGGAAAACAACCAUUCUCCACUAUUCAGCAUGCAGUCGUACGACAUUAAGGUGCCACUACCACUUCCGAGAGAAUUCAACAUUCAGCAGUUCGUGGCUAACGGACAAGGGGUUGUGGCAAACGAUUACGACAUAACGAAGAACAAGGUGACAUUUUCCAUCGAUGAAAAUGACAUUUUCCUCGUGACAUCAUCGAGCGGAUCGUCUCGCACGGAAUUUGUGGCAAACUUGAUCACGAAACAAACGCUAACGAAGAUUCAGCCGCCGAUCACGCUGCGGAUAACUGCCAGGGAUGAAUGGGUUCCGGCUAGAACAUCGCAGGCAACGCUGACCAUAUCUGGAGAUCCCGUGAUCACGUUCAUAGUGCCACCAGUCUUUGAGCAAAGCCUGUACAGGACCACGUACAAGAUCGGCGAUAGUUUUGCGCCGUUCCGAGUCAACCUGGUGUCAGGAACUUACGAUUCAACAGUACGCUACGAAGUGACUGGAGAAGAUGCAGCAUACUUCCUAGCUACACCUGCGCAAGAUGGCAAUAGUGCCACGAUCACGUUACGAGGAACUGCACAAAUCCCAGAGAGCAAAAGCUUGCUGAGCUUUAGUUUAUCUGCCAGCCGUACGGGUGCCGAUAGUGCCGGAUGGACGGCAGUGGUCGUAGAACUGACGGUUGAACCAAAAGUCGUCCCUUCUUUCGAGGCAUCGUUCUACACUGGAACCAUCGAUAGUGGAAAAGUUAUCAGCGUGCAGCCAAUAAGGCUUGUAGCGUCGAGUAGCGAUAGUAGCGUACAGGUGCAGCUAACUGGAGAUGAUGCGAGAUACUUUACGAUGAACUUUGGCAACAAUCAAGUUACCAUCGCUCCUUCUGGCCAGCUGACGGAUGCUGUACUGAAGGAAAAAGGUUUCUUCCUGUUGGGUAUUAAAGCGGACAAGCCAACCGUGGGUGCCGGUGAAACGUUACUAGUUUUGUCGGUCAUGAAAAAUGAGGCCGAAAACCCUCGUUUUGAAAAGACAGUGUAUGAAGGCACGAUUACGGAAUCGGGGCUGCUGGAUGUGGCGACAGUGAGAAUUGAGCCUGGAAGCUACGUCCAGGGAUUGGAUUUCAGUUAUUCAGGAGACGUUUCGCUGGUGUCGAUUAGCGCGGAUAGUAGCGGUGUUAUCACGAUACUUUCCAACGUGACUCCGGAGAAGCUGGCGGACAAAAGCUACAUACUAGUGAGCAUCGUAGCGCGCCUGGAAAAUGAAGAAGUGGCGCAUGCUGUGGUCAUUGCUAAAGUGCUUCGUAGCCCGGUAGUGCUUCCAAAGUUUGUGAGUCCCUUCCUGGAAGGAGAACUGAUUGCGAAAACGCUAGAAGUUCGUCUACCAAAUGUUGAAUUCGUGCGAGAAUCCAUCUCAAGUGCUACAAAGAUAAGCAUUAUCGACAGCCAGUACUUUUUCGAUAUUCAGGAGUAUUUUCCGGAAAACGUAUUUAGACUGUAUUUGCGAGGAAACGUAACGCGUGAACUGCUGCAAGGAAUCGAUCAAAUUCCUUUAACGGUGGAGGCGAGUAACCCGAACACGGAGAAAACAUAUUGUAUUGUUAGUGUGAAAGUUGUUCGAGCCGCAGCUCCGAAAUUUGAGCGCUUGAUCUACGACGGAAUGAUCGACGAAUCGAAACAGUUAACGCAGGAUGUGUAUGCAAAACUCUCGUCAGAUACUGCAGAUGAUACUGCUCAAUAUGCGAUCGAAGGAGAAGAUGCUAGUUUCUUUGUCCUGAAUACUCUUGUGCCCGUCACCGAGGGUGUUCGAAUCACGCUGAGGGCACCCCUUACGGACAACGAAUUUGAGAGCCGAGAACACUUCCAGUUUACGUUGAGUGCCACACAACGAGAAGCGUCUGUUAGUGCGCUUGUUCCCGUCAUAGUUUAUGUAAAGAAACCAUACGCUAAAAUUCCAAAAUUCCAAAAGCCUCUGUACAAAUCACGGGUGAAUAAUGAGCUCAAACUGGUUCCUUUUGAACAAAUCACCCUAGAACAGGGUAGUUAUGUCGAUUCGGCGACUGUUGCUAUAAGGAACAGCAAUACAGAUCUGUUUAUCGUGCAACGCCAGCAAGGAAUAAUAACCAUCCAACUGGCAAAGGAAUUGGACGAAACCUCCGUGAAUGGCGUAAGUCGUUUUGAGUUUCUUAUCGAGUGCACCAAUCCGGGAAUGGCUUCCGGAUUUACCACCAUAUUGGUAGACGUUGAUCACGUGGUUACCCCAGAGUUUUCACAACUUAUCUACACGGGUAUGGUGGACGAAAAUGGAAAAGAAAUUAACUUCGAUAAUAACAUAUCCCUACUGCCACAAACAAUCGUACCGGGAACGCAAUAUAGCAUAAUCGGUGACGAUAGUUCCCUUGUACGUUACACCGAGUCGAGCGAUCAACAUAUCCUUAGCGUAUAUCUACGUGAUGAAGUCACUCCGGCACAGCUUAAGCUUCGAUCUGAAAUAGGAUUUGUGAUCGUAGCCAGUAAUCCUGGAAACAACCAAACGUCCCUGGCAUCGUGCUCGGUGAAAAUAAUACGCCAGCAAAGGCCCGCUUUCACUAGCAGUUCUUUUCAUGGAAAAAUAGUCGAAGGGCAAACGGUUGUAGACUUUGGCGAAACACCGAUAGCAUGGGAAAGCGAAAGCGUAAAGGAUACGACCAAGUUCACCGUUAUCGACGCAGAGUCUAAUAACUUCUUCGAAGCCAUGGAUCCUGGGAGUCAACCAACAGUAACCAUACGUUUGAGAUCGGGCAUUAAAUGGGAUCAGGUCCGUUCAAAUGCCUAUUAUCGCCUCAUUCUGCAAGCAGAGACCCCUGGUAGCGAGCCAUCGCAAUGUUCACUGAUAAUUGAUGUAGAAAACACGCUCGCCGUUACACCUGUCUUCACGAAAUCAAUAUACCGAGGAUCUCUGCAACAAGGCACACGGGAAGUGAUCUUUUCGGCAGGCGACACCAUCACCGUGCAAUCGAGUACGAUACUGCCAACGUUCCAAUAUUCCGCCUCUGAGGGUGAUGCAGAUUUCUUCGUUGUAGAACUCUUUGAUUCCAACAAAUUUAGGGUGUCUUUAAACGACAGCAUCCCAUCGGUAGCGAUUGAGGGGCGUGAUUUAUUGAGCUUCAUAAUGACCAUUAACAAUGCGUAUAGUGCGGAUGACACAGCGACCAUUGUGGUCACUCUUAAGCUGGAUGAUAUAAUCGUUCCUGCCUUUUCGAAGUUGCUGUACAGUGGAAGCGUUAUGCAAGGGUCAAGUGACCUAACCUUGCCGGAAACAAUCACAUUGGGUACGGGAACAUUUUCAGAAAAUACCGAAGUUGGAAUCGGCGGCAUAGAUGCUGCCCUAUUUGCCAUUUCAAGAGUGGGAUCAAUUGUCGAGCUGACUAUCGUAGCGGACUCCAUAAACUGGAGCGAACUUAUCUCCAGGAGCUACUUUAGCAUCUUCAUUCAGGCCACAAAUCCCGGAAGUGAAUCGGCAACGGCAUUCGUCGUAAUAGAUGUGAAAAUGGUCCGACAACCUCAAUUCGCCCAAACACAUGCUAACGGACAUAUCGAAAUCGGUGGUCGUGAUGUCAUUUUCGCGGAAGGAUCAGAACUGCGAAUUGUAGAAUCCAGCACCGAACCAGGCUACCAAUGGAACCUAGCUGGAGAUGAUUACCAAUUGUUUGACGGACUCCUAGUAGAUGAUCUAUUUAAGUUUAAGCUCAAUGAAACUGUAUCCGAGGAGCAGUUGGGCUCCAGGACACGCUUCAAAUUUACCGUAACUCUAAAAAAUCCAAACAGCAACACCAUCGAGUCGACCGUGAUUGUGAGCCGUGAAUUACCGACACCGGUUUUUUCCAAACCAUUAUACACUGGAUCGUUUGACACUGACCUUCGAUUGGUACUACCCGACACGAUAGCGAUAACGGAAGAAAGUUUUUCAGCUGGAGUCCUUGUGACCGUGAAUGAAUCAAACGUGGACUUCUUAUCUAUCGAGCAAACCGGCCGUCAAGUAGUGCUGCGGCUAUCUCGCUCACUUUCUUUAGCAGAUUUUCAAGGGUUACAACUGGUUCAUCUAUCUCUGGUGGCAAAAGCAGCAACAGAUAUUGAAGGCACGUGUUCCCUUGUGCUCACCAUUCCUGACGGAUCUCCAUGUACACCUUUGCCCCCGAUAGUGGAUUGUUCUGGUUGCUUAAACUGCACGACAGGAGGAACACUUGAGGAUGUACCGGUGUUCGCCUACGGCAACUAUCGCUUUCAGUUGAGAAGUGAUACCAGUGGUAUUAUCGGUUCUGUGACAGCAACGGUGAAGGAUCCAACGGCCGUUGUCCAGCAUCGGUUAGAUGGUGUAGAUGCAUAUUUAAAGCCUCAUCUUUCCAUAACAAAUGAAGGAACGCUAUCUAUCGCGGAACCUAUCAUUCCAAAAGUGUAUCAAUUUCUCGUGCACGCAACAAACUCGGCUGCUGGUAAACAAUCUACGGCGAGUGUAGUGUUGGAUGUUUUAAAUGAGUAUGAAUGUACAGAGGGCGAAAAGAAGAUCACUGUCGAACAGGUGCUGCAGGUGGAGCAUCUGGAUGAAGAAAUGCCUCAUGGAACCAUUUUCCCAACGCGUAUAUCACCAUCCUGUGCAUACGAACUGAUCAGCGAAUAUCCUACCGAUCCUGAACAGGCGUAUUUUUAUAUCGAUGCCGAAACCAACUGGCUGGCAUCAAGGAGUUUCGAUCGUGAGAAUGAAUUACUCUUCGGUGGAAUGACAGUUCCACAGUUUAAAUUGAUCUUGAAAUUGCAAUGCCAACAAAUCGACGAGUCAAACGAAACGGUCCGACGAUCGAUUGUACGACGUUCUCUGGUGGAAACGGAUACAAUUAACUACGCGUCGGAUAUAACCGUUAUCAGCAUAAUCGUGGACGAUGUGAAUGAUAAUGAUCCUGUAUUUACGCAGCCUGAUUUGGUUCCCGGAAAUACGGAGCACAUCGGUUUUCCGGAGCCUUCACUAGCUACUAAACUUAUGCUGACAGAACUGACGCUAAUACAGGCCACCGAUGCGGACGAAGGUUUGAAUGCAAAAAUACGCUAUAGCUUAGCUGAAAAUGAUCAUUUCACAAUUGAUCCCCACACUGGCUCCAUUUAUCCGGUCAUCGAAGCCUUGCGUAACUUCAAUCAGAUGGAAUUGUCGGUUACUGCAACGGAUUGUGACGGUGCCGUGUAUGGGCGUAGUACAACGAUUGCAUUAAAUGUGCACCGAUUGAGUGAGGAUCAAAUCGCCUUUCUUACUAUCGCGAAUGGUGACGGGACAGCGGCGGCGGAAAUUAUCGAGCAAAUAAAUCGUCAGAGCACCAUCAAGCUGAAGGUUCUUCGGCAGGCGUUCAUACCAGAAUUAGAACGACCAUCGCAAAUCCGAGCCUACGGAGUUCUUGAAGGACAUCAAGCUGGUGAUAGCAAGAGUGCCGUGCGAUUAUUGGUUUAUGCUCUUGACGAUAACCAUCAACCAUACCAUACAGAUGCGAUACGAAGCGCAAUCAGAAUGGCGUUACCGGAACUCGAUGCUUCAGCAAUAAGAUCGUUCAAUGAAGCCGUAUGUUACGCGAAUGGAAAUCCGUCGUGUCCAUCAUGUCCAGAUGAAUUAACUGGCAGUUCCAGCAACACCGGCUUAAUAGCUGCAACAUCAGUAUUGGGAGGAUUACUUCUGAUCUGUCUGAUUGUUGGCAGUGUGCUUUAUAUGCGCUUCCUGCGGCCACUGGGGAAAAAUUCCACCGACAGUUCCUCGGAUAUAGUACAGCUGGAAAACGAUUUCGACCCUUCUCCGCCAUCAUCUCCUACAAAUUUGGGCAUGCGAAAGGAGCAAGACACGUACGCUACAGAGGAGAAGCUAGAUCGUAAAAUAUCCAUCAAUAUUGCGGGAAUCACCAUGCAAGAAUCAGAGGAUACAAAUCAGCUGGCCCGAUCAUUAACUAAUCGAUUAGACGAGGAAGAUGAAUACGGAACCGUCCAGCGUGGAGCAUCACCAUCCGAACCAAGCGAGCCAAAAAAUGUAAAAUUCAACGAAGUAGUUGAACGGAUAGAGGUACAAGAGCAUCAUAGUGAGGACGAGGACGAAAGUUCUGUGUAUGAAGAAAGACUGUGAGGGAGCCGCUUGAAGCAAAAUUAGUAUUAU